AUGCCAGCCAUCCGUCACGCCUCCAAGCGUAAGGCGCCUCCAGCAGGUUUCAGCGACAUCGAGGACGACCUCCUAAUUUUCAGCAACAAGAUGAAAGAUGCGGAAAACGCCCCCACCACCAAUGUUCCCCGGCACCAAGUGCACUGGCCCAUCUUCCAAAUUUCGCAUCAGAGAAGCAGAUACGUGUACGAGCUAUAUUACGAGAAGGAGGCGAUUAGCAAGCAGCUUUAUGAAUGGCUGUUGAAGAACGGCUAUGCGGAUGCGAUGCUGAUUGCUAAGUGGAAGAAGACAGGGUACGAGAAGUUGUGCUGCUUAAGAUGUGUGCAAACCAAGGAGACGAACUUCAACUCUACAUGCAUAUGUCGGGUACCGAAGGCACAGAUGAAAGAGGACCAGAAUAUCGAAUGUGUGAGCUGUGGAUGCAGGGGAUGUGCUUCUAGUGAUUGA